AUGCUGUCUGCUACUUCUGGAGCCAUGCGCAUCGGCGCUCGUCGAGUUGCACCCCGCGCCGCUGCCCUCGCCGUCCCCCCGAGGACCAAGGCCUCCCUCAGCCGAAUAACUGCCAAUAUUGUCCACGCCCGCGCUAUCUCUACCACCGGAAGUCUUGCUAAUGCUCUCAACACGAAUCCGAACCCCCCUCUAGGCAAGAAGAAUGCUUCCAACGAAUCGCCGUCGCGAAUUGGCCUCAUCGGCGCCCGUGGUUACACCGGCCAGGCCCUGAUUGACCUUCUCAACGACCACCCUAACAUGGACCUUCGCCAUGUGUCUUCUCGAGAGCUUGUUGGACAGGAGCUCAAGGGCUAUACUAAGCGCAAGAUUAUUUACGAGAGUCUAUCUCCUGAAGAUGUAGCUCGUUUAGACAAGGAUGGCCAGGUCGACUGCUGGGUCAUGGCCUUGCCCAACAAGACCUGCCAGCCUUUUGUCGAAGCACUGGGACAAAGCUCAAGUCUCAUCAUUGAUCUUUCGGCCGACUACCGGUUUGAUACGACGGGGAAAUGGACGUACUCAUGCCCUGAGCUUGUGAAACGCAGCAAGAUUGCUCAAUCCACGCGCAUCAGCUGUCCUGGUUGUUAUUCAACGGGCUCUCAACUCGGCAUUUCUCCUCUCGUUCCGUAUUUGGGAGGCGUUCCUACGGUUUUUGGUGUUUCGGGAGUAUGUCCCCCUUCUUCCCCAAUGCCGACACCCACGCUCGAAGCUAACUGGUCCAAGUUCUCAGGAGCUGGAACGAAGAAGAGCCCCAAGAACGACGAGACUCUUCUGAAGGAUAACCUUCUGCCUUACUCUCUUACGGGACACAUCCACGAGCGAGAAAUCAGCCACCACCUUGGGGCCCCGACGGCAUUCAUUCCUCACGUCGCUUCUUGGUUCCGCGGUAUCCAAUUGACCAUCAACAUCCCCCUGUCCAAGGAGAUGACUUCUCGAGACAUUCGCCAGCUUUACCAAGACCGAUACGCCGGCGAGAAGCUUGUCAAGGUCGUUGGGGAAGCUCCCUACGUCAAGUCGAUCCAGAACAAGCAUGGAGUUGAGAUCGGUGGAUUCGCUGUUGAUGACACCGGCAAGCGUGUCGUUAUCUGUGCCACGAUUGAUAAUCUUAACAAGGGUGCCGCCACCCAAUGCCUGCAGAACAUGAACCUCGCCCUCGGAUACGACGAGUACCAGGGAAUUCCCAUUGAGUCGUCAUCUUGA